CACUACUACUUGACUCGUUAGCAAGUGGAGUGGAUUCGUUGGAAGUUGCAUUUCAUUGAUCAAAUGUUCCAUCAAGGAUCCUCGGAUUUUUUAUUAUUAUUCUCAUCAGUUAAAUUUCUAUUGUCCAUCCGUAAUUUUCCUAGAGUGGUCAAUCGUUCCGUCGUCGUAGCACUAUUAGCCUUAAUAUAGCUAACCAAUUGCCUUCGUUCGACAAAUGUUGUUCGUCGUUCACGUUCAUCAUAUUUUAUAAUUUGUAAUUUCAUUUUCUCCAAGGCCAAGCCUUGAACGUUUACACGAAAGUAUAAACGUAUAGGUCAAUAUAAGUAAUACAUACAAGUUCGAAAAACAAUAAUUUGUGACCGCACUGGUUCCACGGCUGAAAAAUUGCUAACUACAACAAUAAUUUUCAGCCAAACAUGGCGUCUUCGGGUGUGUCAAAUGUGGAAAAUCUACCCCCACACAUUUUGCGUAGUAUUAGCAAGGAAGUAAUUGCGUUAACUCAAGAACCGCCUGAGGGGAUCAAGGUGUAUAUGAAUCAUGAUGACAUUACUGAUGUUCAAGCCACCAUUAAUGGGCCUGAAGGGACACCAUACUCUGGGGGGGAGUUCAGAAUAAAGCUUGUACUUGGCAAGGAUUUCCCUGCCGCACCACCAAAGGGAUACUUUCUAACUAAAAUCUUCCACCCAAAUGUCUCUUCCAAUGGAGAAAUUUGCGUGAAUGCUCUCAAGAAAGAUUGGAAUCCAAAAUUGGGACUGAAACACAUUUUUCUGGUAAUCAAAUGUCUAAUGAUUGAACCCAAUCCAGAAUCUGCACUAAAUGAAGAAGCCGGAAAGCUACUAUUGGACAACUUUGAAGAAUUUGCUCAACGAGCAACUUUAAUGACAGAAAUUCAUGCCAAGCCACAACAACCCUCUUCUCCUUCAAACAGUGUAAAAAAGGCUAAAAUUUGUAAGGAAAAAAAGAAGGCUUUGAAGCGACUGUGAUGAAAGCAAAAAUUACGUUGACUCUUCUCAAAUGGUAGAAUUUACACAAGAAUUAUCUGUUUCAAGUUACUUUCAAAUUCUUUGUCAAAAAUACCAAAAAUUGUUCAUCAACAUUUUUUUUACCCGAAUUUACUAUUAACGAAGACAACACGGUUAAUUUACAUAUUGUAUAUGACUUUUUGUACGUAUUACUAUAUAACAAAUGAAGCAUCAUACUACUAAACCACCAGUUCGUACGUAUUAAUGAAUGUAUAUCGCACUUAGCAGAAUAAUUAAUUAGUAAUGGUUUUUAGCGGCCACAAAAUUAAACCCACCGGUACGCCUCCCCUAUUACUAAUUAAUUAGUAAUUACUAUUUUGUAAUUACAGAAAUUCUAAAGUAUGUUAAAAGUUUUAUGUCAAUAGAGCUUCCUGUUCCUUCGAAACUGCUGCUUUUUAGCUUUAAUGCUAAAACUGUUUAGUUUCAUAAUUUAUUGCAUAUUACUAGAUUCGAGUAUGUGUAAAUUGAUUGUCUGACUUGGUUAAUGUUAUUAUAUUUUUGUAGCUAUUGACAUAAGUCAAGUGAAAAGUUGGUGAAACAAUAAUUGAUGUUUGGUUGGAUUGAAUGAUGUCGUGUAAUAAACAUAAUCUGGAGGAAAUAC